GCUUCUACACUUUGUUUUACGCUUAUGUUGAAAUAUGAUGAUUGCAUUUACAACACUCCGUUGUAUUUACAUAUCAUCAUUUGGGUUGGAAUUAGUUUUGCUUAGAGUGAAGAUUGCAUGUGUGUAUUAUCUCCGUUCAUUAAAAAAGAAACAACAACAACAACUGUGUAUGUUAUUACCGUCUUCUGGUCAUGGUUCAUGUUCGAUUAACAAACACUUUAUUUCUUUUGAUUUACUUGACAUUGGUUAUUAAAUGUGUUGAUACUCAGUUUUGUAAACGUAGAAUGAAGUAUCACAAUCACACCCACUCAUGCAUGAUUGUUGUCAAUGAGACGAGAAAACAUGAUGAAGCUAAUGCAUACUGUAAACAAAAUUUCUCUGGCCAUCUGGUUUAUAUACUUGAUGAGGAAACUAAUACAUUUACAAAAUCUUUGUUGCCUGGCUAUGAUCAGUAUCACAUUGGUCUAAACGACAAAAAACAAAAUAGCGUUUACAGAUGGGAAAACGGAGAGAAAACUAACUAUACGGACUUUGGGAAGCAACAUGUUUCAAGCAUAGCUUUUGAGUAUGUAGUUAUGUACAAACAUUACUGGAUUGAGAGUUAUAAUUAUGAAUAUAAGUUUAUCUGCCAAACCAACGCAGAAAAGGAGUUCUUCUUUUUAAGUGGUUCCAAUUUUAUUAAUAAGACACUCAUAGCAAAAGCACGAUAUAAAGUUUUAUGGGAAUGUGGAGUACUUGACAGAGAAAACCAUCAGCUGAAAUUAUUGUACCGAAAAAUUGAUGGAACCAAUUUACACUUGUACAACGUACAUGGUGCAGAUCUGAAACACGAGAUGACCCCAGACUGUAAUAGUUCUGGCGUAUUCAUCUGCCAGAUUACAAACACACUCAAUAGGAAAGUUGUUAAUUUAGAAGGGAUUCUCAAAGUCCAAUGUGACGCUACUAACUGCAGCGAUAAAAAUUCCGAAAUAAAACUACUGGUUACCGAACAGUCUGGCUAUACGGAAGGGAAGUUUUGUCUUUUCAUGUAUCCGAACUACACACAUGAGAGUGUGCAUAAAGUAGAAACAACAAAAGUUAAAGUCCAAAAGGACAAAUACAGCAUUGACUUUACUUACACUAACGAGAUAUAUUCAAAAGGAGAAUUAGUCAUUAAAUUCCGUAAUGUGACGUCAUCUGAUUAUGGAGGAUAUGUUAUUAGUCUUUGGAAUAAUGCAAAUAGUUUGUCUACACUUUAUUUUAAUAUCACAGGUCCACUACAGUGUCCGAAAAAUCUUACAUCAGAAGUACUGGAUCAUAACUUGGUCAAACUGACCUGGUCACCAAUUAGUGAUAAAAUACAUAAACAAAAAUUUAUCAUAUUUAGAACUGAUAAAGGCGGUGACGUCAACAUUGGCACGGUCUUAAAACAGAACGAAAUAUUAAUGUCUUACAACGUGACUGGACUAUCAGUCAACAUAAACUAUAGUUUCUUUUUAAAAGUGAAGAGUGGUCAGUCCAAGAUCGAGUGUAGAAACCUGACAACUGUUGUUUUAAUACAAGAAAAAGCCGAAGAAGCACAAGAUGGUCAACCACUUGAUGAUAACACUGUGUUCUAUAUAAUACCAAUAGUGGCUCUUGUGGUUAUACUGGUAGUCACCGUGGUCAUCAUUGUCUUGGUCAAGAAAAGAAAAAAGAAAAAUAGUAAAAACGCAUUUACAGACCAGAAAGGCUUUCAAUACAAUUGUGGAUCAGAGACCAUCUCCACCCAACAUUCAAGUCAAAAUAAUGACAACUUUUCUGCUAACACAUUAGACCCCGUGUGUUCAACGGAGGUUGCUGAAAACAUUUACAACAAUGUCCUGGAGCACAAUGCUCAACAGGGCGCCAAAGUUUUAAAACCGGCACGAAAGUCUGGCUCAUCGGUCAAGUUGAAGGACAAGGUUUCUAUGGCAGCUGGGAAAAAGCAAGCCGCCACACUGCCUCUUGGCAAAACGCUGGUCACGUGGGACGACGAGAAGGAAGAUGUCAAUGUCUAUGAAAAUGCUCGAGAGGACACGACAAAUCAAGUCCAAGAGUUUGAAGAUAAAGAGUAUAAUCCCACGCCUUCAAAUGAAGAAAAACUGCCACUCCAAGAGCCGGACGGAGAAGCAUCUAAACGCAAAGAAGACUCUCGGACAAUUAGUCCUGAAGGUCUGGUCUACGUCAGCGUGGAAAUCAACAGAAGCGGCCCCCAGAUUGUGGUGGAAAAACCCAAAGUUGAAGACAAAGUGGACAAGAAGCAGACACAGGAUAAAAAGCAGAAAGAGAUCGUGAAAGAAGUCAAACCAUCUUAUGACCCUGUGGAGUACAGCAGUCUUGACUAUCUGGCUACAUCUGUGGCGGCAACUGAAGAUGGUGUGGGAGGCCUAGAUACAGAGGAGUUGAAGAAUGUAUAGACCUUUUGAAAUAUAUAUAUUUAGUGUUUGUCUGUCAGCGAAAGUUUAUUGUCUAAAGAUUUUUAAUGAAUAUUUUGAAUACAAUGAUAUAGCUGAAUAAUAUAUUUAACAGUGAAUGUAAUUGAAAGAGAUGAUUUGUAAGUGACUCUUAAAUCAUAGAUUUAGAUAGCUAUACGUGGGCUACUAUGCCGUAACUUAUUUAAUAAAAAUACGUCAAUAGCUUACAUUUACUUUCCAUCAUAUUUUCUGUUUAUUUAUACACACUCACAAACUUACACUUUGCAUAUCAAAAAAUUUUUAAAUCCCAUCCGCCAAGUUGAUGAAUAUACAAGAUCUAGUAUUAUUGAAUUCAGGCUUGGGAUUAGCUUAGAAGUAUAUUAUAAUUUUUUUUUACAAAUUGUAAUUAUUUACAACAAAUGUUACAUUACGCUCUCUUGUUUCUCUUAUUAACAUUAUAAUAGUUUCUAGACACUCAAAUAUUUUGUUAUUGCGUGUACAAUGUAUUUUGAGAUGACUGACAACAAUUGUCUUAGUUACUUUGAAGAAACAUAUUACCUUAGCAUUUUUUUUUACUAAAGCUCUAGUCGUAAUUAUAAGUAAAUAAAAAAUGUGAAUUUUUGAUUUAGGUUUAAUGGCCAGCCGAUUAUAACAGAAACGUUUUUGUGUCUGUAUGUUUCGUGUAACGGAGGUAAUAUUUUAAGUGAUAACCUCCUCUCAGACUGGCAUUUAAUAUAAAUUGGGUAUACAAUAGAAUAAUAUCAAGGCUUGUGUGCGAGUACGAAAAUUAAUGAGGAGUGCAGCAUUUCAUGUGGCUGGUGGGUAGGUAGGUAGGUCGGUAGGUGGAUAGGUAGGUAGGUGGAUAGGUAGGUAGGUGGAUAGGUAAGUAGGUGGGUAGGUAGGUAGGUGGGUAGGUAUGUAGGUGGGUAGGUACGUAGGUGGGUAGGUAAGUAGGUAGGUAGGUAAGUAGGAAGGUAGGUAAGUAGGUGGGUAGGUAAGUAGGAAGGUAGGUAGGUGGAUAGGUAAGUAGGUGGGUAGGUAGGUGGGUGGAUAGGUAAGUAGGUGGGUAGGUAGGUAGGUGGAUAGGUAAGUAGGUGGUAAGGUUAGUAGUUGGGUAGGUGUUUUAAACAUUGAAAAGGAUAUCAAAAACGUCUCUUACGAUAUUCCUAGAAAUUCGACAGUUCCUGUAUAUUGUUGGUAAAUGAAUGACUACUCUUUGAAAACUCUAGGGGCGGGGUGCAUGAGCAGAGUAAAAAUGUCCCAUUGUAUUUUUGUGUAACAUUCGUUAGUUAUUAAGUGAAUAGAAUCGCUCUAGAAGCUGUAUAAAGGAGGUAUUGUCUUUUUAAAAAUGUUUUUCAAUGGAUAUUUUUGGUGUUAAAAAAUAUUUUUUUUAUACUUUAUAUGUUUACAAUUAAUUAAUAAUAAAAUGGAAAACAUUUCCUAUGUGGAAA